GCAAAUACAUAGAUUAUAUGUUGUUUUUAUUUUUUUUUCAGUUUCUUUUUAUUUGUAAACAGUUACUGCCAUAAUUAUAGUAGUUUAAUAUUGUAUAUUUGUAUAGAAAAGUAAUUUUUUACAAUAAGUGCUUUAAAAUAGGAAUAUACGCUUUUUUAUCUAAUUAAGAAGAAACCUCUCGCUAUAAAAUGGCAGAGCCAAGUACUCAGAAAAGAAGACCUGAACGUAAGCCUCGUACGGCUGGUGCAAAAACUUCAUUAUUUGGAAAAGACGUGAGAUCUCAUCUUCGUAAAGCAAAAUUUAAAAAAAGUCGUAAACUAAAGUCUGAUGAAACAGAUGAAGCAAAGAAAGCACGAAUUCAAGAACGUUUACCACCUCCUCAACCAAAAAUGCGUUUACUUCCUUGCGAUGAGAGCGAGAAAGAUGAGGAAUCGGAGGAAGAAUUUUUAAGUUAUGUCAAAGCUACUGUUUCAGAUGAUAAAACAUACAAUUAUAAGGAUGAGAAAAAUUGUUCUUUAGGUUGCUGCAAAUCUUGUGGACUUUUUUCACAUGAUUUGACGUAUUUAAAAAGUGAUGCUAAAUCUAAUGUUCAUAACGAAUUUAAACAUAGUAAAACACAGCUCAAUAAAACAGAAUUAACAAAUACUCAUAAUCUCCAAAAAACAACAGAAAUUGAUGAGAAAAAUGCUUCUGGUGAUUCAAAUGUUUCAAAACUAGAUAAAAAUCUGACUGAUUUAAAAGACGAAAAAACUAUCAAAACACCAAAUGACAAAAGCUCAAAUUCAGAAAUUGAUAAUCUUGAAGAGGAAUUAGAUUCUCUUUUAACAAUGGAGGAACCCAUUUCAAAAACACCUAUGCUUUCUCAAAUCAUUCCUACUUCAAAAGUCAAAGAACCCAUAUGCACAUCGGCUACUGUGCCUACAAAAUCUGUGGAUCUUGAAAAAUGGCUUGAAUCUGUUUUGGAUGUUUAGUUUUUUAAUCACUGUUUAUGUGUUUCUGAAUAUGUUUUUGAAAAGUAACACAAUGUUUUUGUGGUAAAAAAAAUAAACAUGUAUUUGUUUUUCAUCGAUUAGUGUAUCAUACAAAAUAAUGAUGCAGAAAGCCUACUCUCAAUUGUCCGAUGAUACCAAAACGUCAAUU